GGUAUUACCGCCCCUGAUGCUUGUAACUACAAGCGAUGGAGCAAGGCGCACCCUAUAGUUUUCACUACCUCUCUGCUGCAGUCAGAUAAGCUACCGCUCCUUUCAGCAGUUGCAGACUUCCUCCUAGCUGCACACAAGGAGCGGGCUCGCUGGCUUGCACUCAAUCCAUCUCUCCCACCCAGUCAGUUUGAUGGUGAGUAUGACUUCAUAUAUGAGUUGCAUGAGAUGGAGCAGUGGGUGCUUGACGCUGACUUGUCAGACUAGCACCCACUGCUCCAUGGGAAGGGCAGAUAGGCCUUGUGCAUGCAUUCUGCAUGUGCCUGUUGCCUGUUUGGUGUGUGCUGUGGACAGAGAAGAUGCCUGGUUGCGCCGGAAGGUAGCGCCGGGCUUAGGGACAGGUGUCUCGUCAAACCCUUAACCAACCAACCAACCAAGGCGCUUUAUCGUCGGCGAGUGAGCAGAUAAGUGUGUGACCACCGCCGCCGAUCGUUGGAUAUCGAAAUGUCCGCCCCGCACCUGACGAGGAUUAUGGCUGAGGCCGAGGGCAUGACGGACGAGGAGUUGUAUGCCGCAUUCAAGGCCAUCCCCAUCCCGGUGAGCCACCGCACUCACUCACUCGUGUGCCCCACCUGAAAGAAAGCCGAUCAGUGCACUGCAGCACUGACAUAAUCAGUGGGGGGAGAUGAGAUGCAUUGGAUGGAAUGGAUGGAUGGAUUUCCGAUGGAUACGGUGCAUCGGUGCAGUGCAUGGCCAUGGAUCACAUGUCUCUCUCUCUUUCUGUCCGUCUGUGUGUGUGCAGACGUUGAUAGCCGAGGAGGACGCCCUCAAGGGUGAGCAGGUGCAGGCCUACCUCGUGGUGAGGCGCCGCUGGCGUGCGUACCGCAGGCGCCGUAUGGACAAGGCCCUCAAGGAGUUGGAGGAGGGUACGUCACCUCCACACACGCAGAUUGGUUGAUGCGAUGCAGUCAUGCCCAAUACAUCUUCUUGUGUCCUCUGUGUGUCUGCUGGUGUUGCUUCAGCGUGGCAGCAGGCCAGCUUGGCUCAGGCCGCGGAGCAGAAUACGUUCCAGGGACUGGCUCACGGUAUGGACACACAGACAGAGAGGCAGACAGAGGGAGGGAGGGCACAAGACGCACCGCACACCCACAGAUCCGAUGGGUCCAUCCCAACAUCCCCUCCCCUCUGUGUGUGUCUGUGUGGGUCCUUUCUGUGUUCAGCCCCGCCCACGUUCGCUGCGUAUCCGCCACCUGCCCACCUGGGGUACGGGAUGCCCAGCCUGGCCCCGCCCGUGGCCUGGGUGCUGCCGCCGGUGGGGACCGUCGACUUCGUCAAGUUCACCUUGGCGCCGAUGGCGACGGUUCCCCCCACCCUGCGGCACGCCCACCUCAGCGCCCGGGCUGUGCAGCGGCUGCGGCUGGGCCACACCCCGCAAGUGGUGCACAAGGCGUUCGUGGACGAGAUGGGCCUGGCCCUGGGACUGCCCUGAACCCUAAUUGGUGAGGAGAGAGAGGGUAGCCAAACAAGAGAGAGAGAGGGUGCCGCACAGCGGGAUGAGCCGGGAUCACAUUGCUGCCUGGCUGCAUUUUUGUCUCUGGUUGUCAGGUCGGGCACCCACUUAGUCGCGGCAGUAACUGUCGGCGGAUUGACGGACUUGGUUAUGGAUAGACGACUGCAUAUUGAUAUGUGCGUGGCGAUCCAUCCAUCCAUCAGUCGCCAGGCAGGCAGGCAGCCAGGGUGUGGUGUGCGUCGGGGGGUACAUACAUACGCACAGGCCAGCCACAGCUAGCUACACCGCCACUCCCAUCACCCCCAUCCAUCACCACUCACCACCCACAGCCAAUCGCGGCGCCUCUUUCUUUCCCUUUUCCUUUCAUUCAGACAGACAGACGCCUCUCUGUUCUGUGGGCGUCUGUCUGUCUGUCUGUCUGGUUUUUGUUUCCUUUCAUCCAGAUGGCCUGUGGCUGUCCUGUCUGUUUUCGUACGUCUUUGCUUUCAUACAGGUGGCCUGUCUGGCUGACUCGGGCAAGUCAUUCCUUCGGGAGUGCGUGCCUUCAUCGGCAAGUCAUUCCUCCGGGAGUGCGUGCCUUUAGAGUUCAGCUGGACGGCUGUCCGGUCUGUUUCCGUACGUCUUUGCUUUCAUCCAGGUGGCCUGUGGCUGUCUGCUUUUCGUUUCGUCCUUCCGUAUGGUGCGGACGCUGCUUUCUGCUUUUCGUUUCGUCCUUUUGUAUUGUAUUGCUUUCUGUUGAAGAGAGGAGCCGCACAGAACCGAAUCCGACGUGGUGAGUGUGAUGGAGGUGGGGUGGGUGAGGCGGCACGUAGGCGGCUGGAUGGGGCCUGUCGUGUGUGUGGCUGAGCACACGGAUGGUGACGAGAUGGAUGGAUGGAUGGAUGUGCUACACACGGAUGGUGUCGAGAUGGAUGGAUGGAUGGAUGUGCUAAGCACACCAUCAAUCAUGUCAGGGUGUCCGUGUAGACUGGAUAUUGGCAUUUUCUGGUACUUUCUGGUUGCGUGACUGACUGACUGACUUAUUUGUGAAUGACUGUCAUGCAAUCUUGCUGUGUGAGCUGACAUGACCUGUUCUAGCCAGGCGUCCGUCCGUCCACCGAGAGAUCGAGGAGAACAGCCGUUUGUUUCUUGUGGCUGUGUGUUCUCCUGUCUGUUGGCACCAGCCAGAUGAUCCCACUCUCUCACUCAGUGGGUCCCCGGUGGGUGACACACACUCACACACCACCUGCCUGUAUGGUGGAUACUUAUCAGUAAGUAGCUGACCUGACAGACUGACUGACUGACUGACUUGUAGAUAGGCGUAAGUGAGUGAGACUGGCACUGCACUCGUACCUUACGUACGGCAGCCAGGUGAAUAGCGCCAGUCAUUCCACCGCUUUUGUUUGUCCUGCGGGGGCGCCCCGCAGCUGAAUGACAUUGAUUGUGCCAUCGUCAGUCAGGCCAUGACGGUAGCCUGCCUUUGUACUCGGUCGGCAUCGCUCUCCUUUGCCCAUCCCGGCCGUCGGCGGCACGGCUGCCAUUUGAGGAUUGGCGUGAUUGACAACUUGGCUCUGUGUGUGUGUGUGUGUGUGUUCUUGGCCACCUCGUGUGUGUGUGUGUAUGUGUGUGUGUUCUUGGCCACCUCCCUCGUGUGUGUGUGUGUGCGGUCCUUCAUUCUUCUUAGCUGCCUCCCGCUGACAACACAGCACACUGUCCGGUCCGCACUGACUGAUUUACGUACAGCAUGGAGGCUGUCAGUCACUUGUUUGCCGACAGCGAUGUGCUGUGCUGUGGCGCAAGUAGCUGCUGAGACCCUCUGUACCACCCGGCUCACUUCACCAUCGACUCAUGUGUGUGAUGCACGUGACCAAUGGACUUACUGACUUGUGUGUGUGUACGAAUCGGAUGGGAUGGACGGUCUGGUCGGCCGCCAUGCCAUGCUAACCUACCACACACACACACAGACACACACAGACGUGUCAGUCAGUUAUGUCCUCCUUUGCUCUCUGCCCUGCCUGCACUGACUAAUGCAUUUCAUUCGUUUGGCAAGCUAAGCCCUUCCGUACGUUUGGACACUUAUGUUUUUUGCCUUCCUUGAGCACUCAAUACGUACAAUCAUGGUGCCGAUCUGGGAGGAGGACAGGGAGGUCGGAGGGAGGGAGGAUGUGGUGGGGUGUGGGGUGUUCGUGUGCGUGGCGAUUGGCUACUUGCCCGUGUGCGGCUGCACUCGCCUCGUUUGCGGAUCCCACACUGCACAUGAUCGCACCCACCACCAGCCACACGCACUCAGAUCCAUGCGCAUGAUCCACGUGAUGCAUCAGCCUCUGAGAGUGGAUGGAUGGAUGUUUGGUGUGAGAGAGAGGUGGUGUUAUUGGUUGUGUCGGUGGCUGGUCAGCGUGGUGUACAAGGGGAAAUGAGCGCACUGGCG